GUGAAAAUCAAUACGGUCACGGAACCGUAGUGUGCCUCCCAUGAAUAACUUUAACCUAGCAUUUAGUAUCGCGUUCGCCUGCACUUAUGCCCAAGUCCAGUACAAAUUGUCCUCAUUUCGCGCGUCAUCGUACACAACCACGGUUAAGACGGAAAGCAAAAAAAAGCAGGGAAAAGCAUGCCGUGCAACGACCACCGAAGAAUUAAAUAAAAACCCAGUAGAAGGGUUUUCAGCAGGCCUCAUAGAUGACAAUGACAUAUAUCAGUGGGAAGUACUUAUUAUCGGACCUCCAGACACAUUAUAUGAAGGUGGGUUUUUCAAAGCACACUUACAGUUUCCAAAAGAGUAUCCACUUAGGCCACCAAGAAUGAAAUUUAUAACAGAAAUAUGGCAUCCAAACAUCGAGAAGAAUGGUAAUGUAUGCAUAUCGAUUUUGCAUGAACCUGGAGAUGAUAAGUGGGGCUAUGAAAAAGCAUCAGAACGGUGGUUACCAGUUCACACAGUUGAGACUAUUCUCAUAAGUGUAAUUAGCAUGCUUGCAGAUCCUAAUGAUGAAAGUCCUGCUAACGUGGAUGCUGCCAAAGAAUGGAGGGAAAGUUAUGCAGAAUUCAAGAGAAAGGUGGCGAGGUGUGUCAGAAAAAGCCAAGAAGAGUGUUUGUAGGAGAUGAACAAUUAUGCAAAUGGAAAGACUUAUUUAAUUCUGGGAAGCCGUAAGCACUGUAAGAAAGAAACCGAUGCUCAGCAUUAAGCUAAUGGAUAACAGUGCCACUAAAAACGGAUAAGCCUGACCCAUUCUUAAGCAGAAAGAGGGAGGCAGAGAAUGUGUGAAAAUAAAACUCAAGUCACACACCUCUAUCAAGUUUAUACCACCGCCACUGACGUACCAUCCAUUGAUACAAAGAAUAUAAGGGAAAUACAUGCAAUUCACCUUUUACAUAAUAAACAACUAAAAAACUAAUUUACACAUAUACAUAAUACAAAAAAUUAUCUGUACGAUUAUUACCUUAAUAUUAAUAGUUAUAAACUUAACUUCCCUGUUCCUUCUGCUCAAGAGCUAGCCCCACCCUUUACACUCAAAAGUCUGUAAUUUAAAAAUGUUUACGUUUCUCAUUGAAUAAUAAUUUCUUAGUGGCGUUU